AUGGUCCGUCAGCUACGAUCGACUAGAAGAAAUUCAAGCUGGGUUAAACGUAAGUUAGUUUUUUUGCUUUGGUUUUUCUGUUUUUAGGUCUAUUUGGACUAUUUGUUCUGAUUUUGACAUCAGAACCAAGGAUAAUAUACUUUUGUUAAUUUUGACGUUUUUCAGAGAAACUAUUUGGAUUGUUUUCUAAAACGAGUUGUGCGAGACCAUGGACUUUGUUAUUAGCUACAAAACAGGACCAGAAGAGCGCAUAGAAGUUCAGAACCAAUCGUCUGUAAUCUUCUACUUGGUGGCAUAGAUGGAUCGAUGGACAUUGGGUGUUUGAUGGAGUUCGUGGCUAUUGUAAGUUGGCUUCAUUAUGAAUGUUAUGAUUAUUGAGGUUUCACAGUUAUGUAAGACAUAUCUAAACUUUUUAAUACGGCUUUUGAAUGAUAUUAUUUGCGAAUCUUGGAUGUCAUGGAUAAUAUCGUAAUUUUGAAGGUAAAAGUUUUUUAUCGGAAAAGACAUGCUUUCAUGAUAAUUUUUGUUGUAUUUAAUAAUUUUUGAACGAAAAAUGUAUGGUUUUGUGAUUUUUGUGGUUGAGAUAUUAUCAUAGGCAUCUAGCGUCCAUGGAUAACUUCUGCUAUAUUAUUAGUGAAUACUGGUUGUAGAAGCGUUUUUAGUUCUUUCUUUUUGGUACCUGAGAUUGAAAGUGGAGUUUUUAAGUUUAUAAUAAUGUUUUUAUCGUUAAAAUUAUCAGGUGGAUCAUGGAUAACAUUCUAAAUCUCUUACUUUUUAUUAUCGAACUUUGAAUAAUGUUAUCGUUUGUUUUAGAAGCAUCCCCGGUCCCAAUUCAAUGUUCAAAAAGCCACGGAUCCAUCGAGUUCCAAUGGGAGACCCAGAACCUUGCCAAACCAUAGACAACAUCAGAUGGAACCAUGA